CACUAGUGAGUCUAACCUUUUGAUAGGGAGUAUAUGUUAGUUUGUUAGUUAUGAAAAUUCCCCCUGUAGGUAUGAUUUACGCGCCAUUACUACAGUGCGGCAAUACAUGUAUGCUUGAAUUACUUUUACAAUAGGGACUCGCGCCUUCAAUCAACUAAUCACGCCAUGCCUUUAAUAGUAUGUGGCCCUGGUACUUUCGGUGCUGACUGUGACGACUACUGCCACUGUGACGUCAAUGUGUGUGACUACGUCAGCGGCGUCUGUCCAAGUGGAGUCUGUCUGCCAGGCUUUCAAACAGAAAGGUGUGACACAGCUUGUAUCUAUGGCAGUUAUGGAACAAACUGCAAUCAGAAGUGUUCAGACAGGAAUUGCAAAGGGCGACAACUCUAGCUGUGACAGAUCCACGGGGGAGUGUGUUGGCGGCUGCAAGGCAGGGUGGAAUGGCAUAGACUGCACACAGAAGUGCGUAUUUACCUACGGAGACAACUGUGCUCGCCUGUGCUCUGCCAGAAACUGCAGUGGAACGUCGUCAUCCAGCUGUGAUCACGUGACAGGGAAGUGUGACGGAGGCUGUAAGCCCGGCUGGAAGGGCAAUGACUGUAGAACAGUGUGCACCCAGGGGUUAGAAUACGGAGCUGACUGUGUGGGUAACUGCUGUGCCCGGAUGUGUGAAGGAGGGUCGGGCAUCUGUCCCAAAGAUACAGGACGGUGUGACUCUGGCUGUGAGUCGGGGGUGGCAGGGUGA